AUGCGGCCCGAAGAGCGCCACGGCCAGAAGCAGGGCCGGGGGCUCCGGGCCGUCGCGAAGAGGAAGCUGCGGUACGAGUCCUACGCGGAGCAGGCCGCGAAGACAAAAGCGGACAAGUUGGAGAGGAAGCAGCGGAGGUACGAGAUCAUGCAGGAGCUGAUGCAGUGCUCCACGCAGGUCAAGCACCUCGUCUCGCCGAUGUUCCGAUACAAGCUCACCCAGCAGGGAAGCCCAGACCUGCGCCGCCGUGACCAUCUCGCGGCGAUCGCGGUCGACCUCGCCCCCUGA